AUGGCCGGGCUGCUGGUGCUGCUGGGCCCCGCGGGCAGGGCGGGCGCCCGGGUCCGGCCUCGCGCCGCCUGGCUCCUCAGCGCCGCCGCCCCUUGCUCCCCGCCGCCCCUGUUCCUGCCGCUGCUCCGGCCCGGGCCAGACGCCCCGCUGGUGCGCGCUGCCGGCGGGGACGGCCGCGGCCGCCAGAGAGGGUCUGCCCGAGUCCUGAGGAUUGGAGGGCUGAGGGUGGACCACCAGGGCUGGGGGCGCUGGUGGCUCAGGGGACAGAAUGGACACAGCGGGGGCCUGGCAGAGUGUCUCCCUUCUUUGGUUUGUGCACAGGACCCCAGCAGAAUCACUGGAACAGCAGGCAGCGAUGUCAGCAGAGCAGAGGAGAAAAAGCAAAGCAAAUCGCAGCAGCUGAAAAAGGUUUUUCAAGAAUAUGGCGCCGUUGGCGUGUCCCUGCACAUUGGAAUCUCGCUAAUCUCCUUGGGCAUAUUUUACAUGGUUGUUUCAAGUGGUGUGGACAUGUCUGCAGUCCUGCUUCAACUCGGAUUUAAAGAGUCACUGGUCCAGUCAAAAAUGGCGGCGGGCACAGGUACCUUCGUGGUGGCUUACGCCAUCCACAAGCUGUUUGCGCCAGUGAGGAUCAGUAUUACCUUAGUUUCUGUGCCCUUCGUUGUCAGAUAUUUUCGGAAAGUGGGGUUUUUUAAACCUCCAGCUGCAAAGCCUUGAUGUACUCUUCAAUUGUGGGCCUGAAAACCUAUUUCUUUUAAAUUACACAUUUCAGAUUGGUUUU